UUGCAGGAGAGGAGAGCAGGAGGGGGGUGUGGAUGUGGCUAUUGGCAGAGCUGUGCUGACAUCCCUGGGAACAGCUGGGAUCUGCUGAGCCGCUUGUCAGAGCCCCGAGCAGCCGCAAAAAUCGCCAGGUUUUUUUUUUAUUUUUGGUUUUUUAUUCGGGAGAGCUGGCGGGGGCUUCCCGGGAGCGAGAUUAUCCUGGCAGAAUUCCUCUUGAACUGCUCGUGGCCAUGGAGUCUCCACUGAAAUCAGCAAACAGCUGACGUGCUCAGAGUGCAGAACCACCACGGUGCCCGUCGCCGCGUCGCAGGGCUCUGAAGAUGUCCAACAGCAACACGGCACAGGAGUCCCUGGAAAUUAUGAAGGAAUCAGAAAAAAAGGUGGUUGAGGAAUCUGUGAACAAAACCAAAUACGUGUCCAGGUCACCAAGCAAGGAGGAGGUGGAGAAGGAUGGGGGGGAGGAGGUCGGCGUGCGCCAGGAGUCUCAGAAGCGAACAUCGAGUCACGGCCACGCCAGGAAGAGAGCCAAGUCUAACUCAAAGCUUAAACUGGUCAGGAGUUUGGCUGUGUGUGAGGAAUCCUCAGGCCCCUUCGUGGACGGGCUGCUGGAGUCUCAGGACAUCAUCCAGCUGCACGUGAGCUGCCCCUCUGACAAGGAGGAGGAGAAAUCCACCAAAGAUGGGGUGGAGAAAGAAGAAAAAGACAAGAACAAAGAGAAAACUCCGAGGAAGAUGCUCUCUCGAGAUUCCAGCCAGGAAUAUACAGACUCCACUGGAAUAGAUUUGCAUGAAUUUUUAGUAAAUACACUGAAAAAAAACCCACGGGAUAGAAUGAUGCUGCUCAAGUUGGAACAGGAGAUUCUGGAGUUCAUCAGUGACAACAACAAUCAGUUCAAGAAGUUCCCCCAGAUGACCUCGUACCACCGGAUGCUGCUGCACCGCGUGGCGGCGUAUUUCGGGAUGGAUCACAACGUGGACCAGACUGGGAAGGCUGUCAUCAUCAACAAGACCAGUAACACACGGAUCCCCGAGCAGAGGUUCUCUGAGCACAUCAAGGACGAGAAGAACGCAGAAUUCCCUCAGAGGUUCAUCCUGAAACGAGAUGACACCAGCAUGGAUCGGGAUGAUAACCAGAUCAGACUCCCCUUGCAGGAUGGGAGAAGGAGCAAAUCCAUAGAAGAGCGAGAGGAGGAAUAUCAGCGGGUCAGGGAGCGGAUAUUUGCACGAGAGUCUGGCCAGAACGGAUACCUCACAGACAGCAGGGGCAACAGGGAGGGGCUGAGCCGGGCCUCGGGCAGCCGCCAGAGCAGCACCGAGAGCGAGAUCAAAUCCCUGGAGCCGCGGCCCUGGAGCAGCACGGACUCGGACGGCUCCAUCUUUUUGCUGGGGAAGAGAUCUACCCUGGCUGUACUGGUGCAGCACCAGCAGCUCUGCCACUGUCCCUUCCCUGGAGCCCAGUUUGACUCCUCUGCUCUCUGCAGGGGCAACAGGGAGGGGCUGAGCCGGGCCUCGGGCAGCCGCCAGAGCAGCACCGAGAGCGAGAUCAAAUCCCUGGAGCCGCGGCCCUGGAGCAGCACGGACUCGGACGGCUCCAUCCGCAGCCUGAGGCCACCUGUCACCAAAGCCAGCAGCUUCAGUGGCAUCUCCAUCCUCACCCGGGGGGACAGCAUCGGGAGCAGCAAGGGCAGCACGGCCAGCAGGGCCUCACGGGCAGGCUUGGUGCUGGGUGCCCCUGAGUCCUGCAGCCAGUCCCCAUCCUCCCAGGCCAGCCGUGGCCUCCUGCCCUGCACGGCCCCGCAGCCCCCCGGGCUGCCCCCAGCCCAGCAGCAGCCGGCCAUGAGCAGCCCCAUGAUGUCCCAGCCGGUCCCAGCGCUGCAGCCCGUUCCGUACUCUCCAAGCUCCUGCCCCCAAGUCCUCUUGCCAGUCUCUCCACCCCAGCAGUACAGCCUGGCCGACGAGCUCAGCAGCCCCUUCGGGCAGAUCAGCCUCAGCCGCCAGGGCUCCACGGAAGCUCCGGAUCCUUCCUCGGCCAUGUUCCAGUCGUCGCUCAUCUCCCAGCACCCUCAGCAGCCAGGAUUCAUCAUGGCCAGCCCUGGGCAGCCCAUCCCCACCUCCAGCUACUCUGCCUCGGGCCACACAGCCCCCCCCCAGCCGGUGCUGCAGCCCCAGGGCUACAUUCAGCCCCCCCAGCAGAUUCAGGUUUCUUACUACCCGCCCGGGCAGUACCCGAACUCCAGCCAGCAAUACCGACCCCUCAGUCACCCAGUGGCCUACAGCUCCCAGCGCCCACAGCAGCUCCCCCAGCAGUCCCAGCAGCCAGAACCUGUGCAGGUGCCCCAGCUCUUCCUCCCAUCCCCAUCCUCACCUGAGCCCUCUGUGCUCCACAGCCCGUCCGUGGGGUUCCUGCAGCCCCCUGGCUCCGAGCAGUACCAGAUGCCGCAGUCCCCGGCGCCCUGCAGCCCCCCCCAGAUGCAGCAGCAGUAUUCAGGGGUGUCCCCAUCAGGCCCUGGUGUGGUGGUGAUGCAGCUGAAUGUCCCCAACGGCCCCCAGGCCCCCCAGAACCCCCCCGUGGUGCAGUGGAGCCACUGUAAGUACUACAGCCUGGAGCAGCGGGGGCAGAAGCCAGGAGACCUCUACAACCCCGACACCAGUGCUCAGGCCAGCACCCAGCUGAGCAGCCCCAUCACGUCCCCCACGCAGUCCCCGACGCCGUCGCCCGUCACCAACCUCAACAGCGUGUGCACGGGGCUGAGCCCCCUGCCCGUCCUCACACAGUUCCCCAGGCCCAUGGGCCCAGCACAAGGUGAUGGGAGGUACUCGCUGCUGGGCCAACCUCUGCAGUACAACCUGUCCCUGUGUCCCCCGCCUCUGCUCCACAACCAGCCCAGCUACACAGGACACCAGGGGCAGACUGGAAUGAAACACGGGAACCGCAGCAAGAGGCAGGCCCUGAAGUCAGCGUCCACCGACCUGGGGACAAGUGACGUAGUGCUGGGCCGGGUGCUGGAGGUGACAGACCUGCCCGAGGGCAUCACACGGACAGAGGCCGACAAGCUCUUCACCCAGCUCGCCAUGGCCGGUGCCAAAAUCCAGUGGCUCAAAGAGACUCAGGGGCGCCGCGGGGACGGAGGCGGCGGCGGGGACAACAGCGGGACUCCGGAGAACGGCAGGCACAGUGACCUCGCUGCCUUAUACACCAUCGUGGCCGUGUUCCCCAGCCCCCUGGCUGCCCAAAACGCCUCCCUCCGACUCAACAACUCCCUCAGCCGCUUCAAACUGCGCGUGGCCAAAAAGAACUACGACCUGCGGGUGCUGGAGCGGGCCAGCUCCCAGUAGGGCUCCCGAGUGGGCACCGGGCACUCCCCUGGGCCUCUUCUCCUCCCACCCUCCCUUCCUCUCGCCCUCCUUCCUUGAUAUAUUUAUAUGAACAUAAUUAAGAGACAAGAAGUUGAUUUUUUUUUUUUUAAUUAUUAUUUUUUUGGAGUGACGCCCGUGCCCGCCCCCCUCCCCUGUGUCUAUGGUUUUGUUUGAGCACUGUGUUGGACCGCACAUACAGGUGUUGAUUGGUAUGUUCACUGCACAUUUUAUUUAAUCAAAUUAUUAUUUUGCUGGGGGUGGGGAGGGAGGGGGGAUUUUUUUUUUGUUUUAUUUUAUUUGGGGGGUUGUUUUUAAA